CUCGAUUCUCUUUACUUCCCCUUUUGAAUUUCUAAUUUCGUUUAUCCUUUGUUUUGAUCGUCGAUUUCAAAGUUGCAAAAUCGAUCAUCUCUCUCGAUCUCGAUUUGAGUUCAAAAUUUAUUCGAUUGAAGUUCUGGGUUUCAAAAUCGCGUUUAAUUAAGUUCUAAGGGGUUUCAAAAUCGCGUUUAAUUAAGUUAUUAGUGGUUUUCAAAGUUUCGAUUUGAUUCAAGUUCUUAUUUGGAUAAGAAGACAGAGUGAGAGAGGAAGCAUUCUUCUCAUUGGUUACAGAUUGAUCCUUGUGCAACAACAGAGUACAUAAUCUCUUCAGAUCCAAAAUCAUGGGUGACGAAAUUGUUUUCUUUGAUUUCAUUGCAAUAAACGUUGAACGUAACACGCUCAUACAACAGCCCGUGCAGAGGUUUAUGAUUGAUACUUCCGUCGCUCGAAAUGAAAUCGAUGCUAACGUCUAUAGUAGGGUCUUCGAAAUUCUCAACGGCAAAAUUUGGAUGGGGUAUGACAAAAAUCUCAGUGAUUUGAAGAAUCUUUUCAAUGCUAAUUUCCAUGCAUGUCCUAUUGCUAAAUAUGAGAUAGAUACAACAAAGUGGUUUGCUGAAAAUUUUGAUGGAAGAAUUGAUAACAUGUCGCUCGAAGGUGUUAGCGAUUACUUUAAAUUGGAUGUUGAGAAAUAUGAAAAGCAAUCGAGUUAUAAAGUUGUACGAGAUUGCCAUCUCCAUAUUCAAGUUAUCAAGGUAGCAAUGGGCAUCAUACAACUGGAGGCACUUCUUAAGAAAAAGGAAAAGGAAGAAAAAGAGGCCAAGGAGAACAUAAACGAAAACCAAAAGAAAAAAAAGAAGAAGAGAAAUUGAGGUGGUGGAUCUUUAGAUUCUAAGAACUGAACUCGAAGAUGUUGAAUCUGCUUUGUUUAAUCUAUUGUCAAAUUGGUGGUUGUUGCAGUUAAUUUUACAUUGCACUAGAUGGUUUCUACUUUUUAACAAAAACAUAUGUAUUGAGAAUUAAAUUGGAAUUCGUCAUGAGUUAUCUAUUGAACUGAAUUGUCAUUAACUUUUAACUACACCAGGGUUGUUUUAGGGUCAUCUGAUGCCUGAUUGGAUCUUUUUGAGGUUCAAUUACAGAUGUUUCCUCAUGGUGAUUGGCAUUGCCCCAAUUGUACAUGCAAAUUCUGUAGGGCAGUUGUCGAAGAUGUUAGUCAAACUGUGGGUGCAAAAUGUGUGAGAAAAAAUCUCUUUGAAGGUGUCAAGAAGUACGUCGGUGUCAAACAUGAGUUGGAAGCUAGAUUUUCGUGGUCUCUAGUUCAUAGGGAAUGUACAGAUUCAGAUUUCAUUCUUAGGUGGACACCCUCAUAUUGUGGAAAGCAAUUCCAAGCUGGCCAUAGCUCUCUGACAGUCAUGGAUGAAUGCUUUCUCCCCAUUAUUGACAGGAGGAGUGGGGGUAAAUAUUGUACGAAAUGUCCUUUACAAUUAUUUCAUGGUAACCGCUUAGCUGAGAUGCAGUUCAUUGGAACUCGGCAUGUCUACAGACACCAAGGGAUGUGCCGCCGGCUUUUCAGCGUUGUUGAAUCAACUCUUCAAAAUCUCAAAGUUGAAUUACUUGUUAUCCCUGCAACUGCUGACUUAAGCCAUGUUUGGAUAUCCAAAUUCGGGUUUAAAUAUGUCGAGGAUUCUCUGAAGAAAGAAUUGCGGUCCAUGAAUCUACUAGCCUUUCCUGGUAUUGAUGUGUUACAGAAAGAGCUGCUAGCACCAAGACAUGCCAAGUCUGCUGCUGACACAGAAGACUGUGACCCAUGCAAUGAAGACACUGAUUCUGCGAUCAAAACUAAUGAAGUUUCCGUCUUUAAAACUUUCUCUGUAUCAAUUCAAUUUUUUGAGAAGUUGAAAAUUUCUUCAAGUUUGAUUAGUUUUGAUCCGUUUAUGACAUUUUCAAAGGUUUAAGUGUUCAUUUUAUAUGUUGUCUUGAAAUUUGAUUAAGUGUUUGUGAUUUAGCAACUUGCUUCACAUGGAUUGUUCCAUGUACAUGUAAGAGCUACUGGUGGCAUUCACAUUGAUGAUCAUCAUACUAAUGAAGAUGUUGCUCUUGCUAUUGGUACAGUAAGUAGUCAAGUGUAAUUGGUUAUUGUUGGUCACAAGGAUCUUAUUGCUCUCUCUGGUUCUAGAAUCUAGACUUUGUUCAUCUGUGUUGUAUUAGUGGUAGUCACCAAUAGCUCUUUCCUCAUUACGAGUGCUCCUGCUCGUGAUUCAUGGAGCUUUCUCUGUAAUUUUCGCAUGUUACAACUGAUAAAUUUGAUACUCUUGUUUUCUUC